UAGCACCUUAUUUUCUUGCAGACUAAAAUUGAGACCCAAACUUGCUCUCUCCUUGGUGCUGUGUCUGCUUCCACCAGAGAGCGGACCUUUUGCUUCCUUGCUGCAACAGAGUGCAAGGAUCAGCGAGAGCAACUGCAGCAAUUCUAGGAGGUUUUGCAAGACUUUACACACACAUUUGCUGCAGCAAGAACCAUUUGCUCACCUGUCUGCAAACAUAACAACUGAAGCCUCAAAACUCUUCCUCAACCAAGGCUACCACUGCUCUUUGGAAAGACGGCUGGCGGGGGAAGCUCAGCCAAAUGAUUCCAAGCAAAGGGCUAGUGUAAGUCAAAUCAGAAAAAAAUGAGAGACUUGAAGAUCUUCAUUCUCCCUGUAUGGUUUUCAAUGGUUGAAGUUUAAUGCUUUGAAGAAACAGUCUAAAUCAUUUUGCUUUUGCCAGCAGACUUUUUUUUAUAUCUUUUAAGAGGACCUGAUUUCAUGUGAACUGCCAAAUCUAGGGAAACCGACCUUGCACUGCACUACUAGGGGUAUGUAGAUGGAAGAGACUGAUUUUGGAUGGCUAAGAUUUUGAUGGGGACAUGACUAAUUUUUUUUUUUUUACAAAUACCUUUUUCUUCUCUACAGAGAAGGCAGACUAGCAAUCAAGUCCCUCUGCUCUGGAACUGUUAAUUUCCCCCCAAGAGUAUAUAUAUAUAUAUAUAUAUUUGGAGAAAGUUUACUGGGACUGAAAUGAGGCAGUGAAGAACUCUACACUUGAUAUACAGUCAAUUACAGUAAGGGCAGAUCCUCAUUCUCAAGACUGCCUGAACUGGGGAAAUCUUAAUUCUUUAUUAUUUUUUUUAAAAAAAGACUCUCCUUCAAUGUGUCUGGAACUUUUGGGGAUUGGAGUCGGCAUGAAUUUUGGACUGCUUUUCGUGUCUCUCUGUUACCUGCCACUCAUCAGCAGUGAGGGAGACCCCAUUCCUGAAGAAAUAUAUGAAUUGCUGCGUGACAGCUCGGUGCGCUCCAUCAGAGACCUCCAGCAGGUCCUGCAGAUAGAAUCCGUAGAUGAAGAUACCUCUAGUUCAUACAUGAAUUUUACCCAGAUGCAUGCUGGUGAAAAUCUUGUUCCUUUGUCCCGUGGAAGACGAAGUUUAGGUGGAGCAGAACCUAUUGAGCCAGCAGUAAUUGCUGAGUGCAAGACACGCUCUGAAGUCUUUGAAAUCUCCCGGAGCAUGGUGGAUUCAACAAAUGCCAAUUUUCUUGUGUGGCCACCCUGUGUAGAAGUGCAACGGUGCACAGGCUGUUGCAAUACCCGAGCAAUGCAAUGUCGUCCCACACAGGUUCGGGUGCGACAUAUCCAGGUAAAUAAGAUUGAAGUUGCUGAAAAGAAGCCAGUCUUUAAUAAAGCAAUUGUAGCCUUAGAAGACCACCUGGCAUGCCGAUGUGAGCCAGUAUCACCCAGGCUUCCCAGUCGGGAAAAUUCACAUGAGCACAGAGGUGAGCCCCCAGUAAGUGCUGUAACUUCUCCUCCAGCAAGGGCAAGAGCACACAGGUUGCUGCCACAAAAGAGGAAGCAUCGAAAGUUCAAACACGUACAUGAUAAAAAAGCACUGAAAGAAAUUUUCCCAGCAUAAAAAUGCUGGCAGGCAGAAGUACAAAUGUCAGGUUUAUUUAAUAUAUUUGCUGUAUAGCCCCCAUGGGGUUAUCAAAAGUUUCUCUCCGUCCAUCUGCCUCAAUGCCCUUUUGGACGGCCAACGGUGCUUCCCAAUUCCUCAUUCGCUGAAUGUUUUCUCACCAAAGUUUGCCAUUUAAGUUCAUAGUGGCAUUAUGUCCACCUCUUGAAGAAGAAAAAAAAGGAGAGAGGAAAUAAAGAGCAAAACGACAGCAAUGGGCAUGGACAAUGUGCUUUUUGCUGCAACAAAUGCUAUCGAAAUGUUGCAAGACUUGUGGCUCAAAUGCAUUUUGCAAGUGGUGGGUUUGAGGAAAACAGGAAUAUAACAAGGUUAUUUUUUCCUUUUUUUUCCCCUUGCCCCAUCUUGGACUUAACUGGACUCAGGUUGUUUACUGUGGCAGUGGGCAUGUCAAGAGAGUCAGUAUGGCAAACCGUGACAGCAGAUGCACUAAGGACUUUUACUGUCAUGUUUCCACUGAUACGUUUAAUGUCUUCGUGUAUAUUUCAUUUUUCAUACCAUGCCUUGGGGAACUGAAGCAAUCAAUACUAAAUACCCAUUCCUGACCCUUUUUGGAAACAGGCUGGGAGCAAUUAUGUUGGGAGUCCAUCUUACCCAUCCCCAUUCAAAGCUUCCUCAUGGGUCAAAGAAAUAAUUUCUGAAAGUGAUGUUAAGAAAGACUUGGCUCCUCCUGUCAAUUGAGUUUAGAGAUGUUUCUGCUAAUAAAUUUACAUCGGGGAAAGUAAGAGUUGCGACUCAUGGACAAAUUGGGGCUUCUAGCACCACUGUUGGGCUAUUUUUGCAACCACUGCCUCCGUAGUUGCUAGAAUAAAGCAUUGCUUUUUAGUAAACAGGGCCACAGCAAUGUUCCAGCAUGUUGUUUUAAGAUUAGGCAGUAUACACAGGCAAUCAGCAUCAGCAUCUCAAUAAAUGAUCUCAAGUGCCAGUGGAGGUAAAGAGGUCUCUGCUUAGGACCAUAAAAACUCUUGCUACUCCAGGUAAAUAGCAGCUAUUUCAACCAAUAAUUGUUAAAAUACAGGUAUAUAGCAUCAGCCUUCAUUUGUAGGUCAUUUUUUCCUCUAGCAGUCAUUUUGGCCCAGAUGCAGUCUUAUACAGGGGCGUAGGUGGAGUUGGGUAAAGAGUCAGAAGUUUAAAAAAAAUAAAGAUGGCAGUUGCCCUUGCCAUCUUGACCCUACCCCAAUCCUGGACACCCCAAGUCUUACAGCACUAAUCUCAGGUUAAUAUCUUCCAAAUUAUAAAAACCAAGCUGUGUAAAAUCUUAGAAAAGCCAUACAAUGCUGCACAAUGUAUUGAAUAUAUAAAAGUUAAGUGGUGCUGAAUAUCAUUACACAAAGUGCUGCUGGCCCCAUCCCAGUCCAAUUAGUAAUAUCUGAUGGACAUGGCAGACUUAUCUCUCUUUGGGUCUCCAGCUUGGGAUUUACUCUAUUUGAAAAGGUGAUAAAUAAGUUGUUCCCUGUCACUAAAUGCAAAAUUCACUGUGUCUUCUGUCAAGACAGUAGCCUUCCUUCCAGGAAUCAGUGAGUAAAAACAAUAAAAGUUAUUCACUUUAUCAAAAAGAAAGAAAAGAAAAGAAAGAGAAAGAAAGAAAGAAGAA